AUGUAUAUCAAUGCGGAUGUGUGUAACGACACAAUACUUAUCACAUCAUCCCGGCUAACUUUCUCCAAGAAGGGCUUGGAGCUUCCCAUACUACCCGCGACACCAAAAAUCUCCUUGGACACCGCUGGCAUUGUUGCAAUAGCAGAUCUUGAAACUAUACAGCAGCGCACUGCUCUCACAGGAACAUCAGUCCUCCUCGAUACCCUUGUCAUCUGCCCUGGAAUCCACACGCAGCAGAAAGCCGUGGGACUGAAUCAUGGUGAAUACCCAUCCACUGCUGCUCUAACCAGUGGCUACAUCUUUCGUAUUGAGAAUCCUGCUAUGGUUUACUACUUGCAACGAAUUGGCCGUACAGGCCAGUUAACACCUGUGUCUGUUACUAGGCUUCAUGCGAACGCCCACUGGUACAAUAAGCUUCCAGGAACAUUCGCCUCACUUCGCACCACAUCCUUAUUAUCCAGUCUUGCUUACCUAAUGGCUGUGUCCUGGGCUAUGGUAGUCAUAAUCCUGCUAGGUCUAUCUCAUGACUGGUGGGGCUUGUCAGUUGUCUUUGUCCUCAUGUUUGCACGACUGUGCAACAUCAUCAUCAUCCGUCGCAGAGCGCAGAUCGGUUGGACUGGGGCAAAUGAACCAGGCGAGAAAGGGGAUCUACUUGUUCUGCUUAGCCAGGACAGGUGGGUUAGGAUACGAGGCACUGUUGAUGACCUGAAAGCCGUAACCUCCGGGCAAUGGCUUCGCGAUUCAACUUUCUGCGAAAGUUGUGUGACAGCUUUUGCCACACUCAUGGUGUACCUCGAUGCGGCAUUGGCAAGUAAUGCUACACAGUUUGGCAAGAUCCUGCUGUUGGCUCUUUUGAUGGGCUCGGUUGGCUUGUUAGCCAUUGCGAACAUUUAUGCAACUGAGGCUGAACUGCACGGACACAGAAUAAAAGUCCACGGCCCACGCAGGGAAUAUGCCAGACGUUUGCAUCUUGUCAACGAGUUGAUUGAGGAGACGGGCCGCGACGACUGGGCCACAAAAAUGGGUAUAAUUUGA